AUGCCGGGGGUGGGGAGAGGGCGCCUUCUCGUUCCCCGCCCCCGCGGCUGUGGCUUUGGUCAGUUGGCGGCGGCGGCUCCUCCUGCGCCCAUCGACAGGCGGAGACUCAACAGGGGCAGCUCUUCACCCAACAGCGACGGAAGUGGGGGAAGCUCCACCAGUGAACUUCUGCCUGCGGUGCAGCUCUGCAAAAGCGCACGAGAAGAUUCCCGAAGGAAAUGUCGCUUUUCCCCUGGGCCCACGCUGUCGGGAGCCGCCUUCCACCCUCCGGAGUUGACUCACCGCCGCGCCGAGGCGCGCCACGACGACCCGCCGCUUCCCCCGUCGGCGCGCUCGGCGCUGCGCUGGCUUCUCGCUCUCGGCCCGGGGCGCCGCCCAGGAGGAGGGGAGAUGGGAGUUCGCUCACUCGCUGCUGUACCGCGGCGGCUGGCCAAGCGCCUCCUCGGACCGUCCUUCCGGGCCGAGGGCUGCGCAGAGCCAGCCAGCCAACCCACCGACCGGCCGGCCGCUCUGGAGGGCGCGCGCCUGGCACCCAACGCCGCUUCGCCGCCAGCGGGGAAAGGAAAGCCGCCAGAGGAGGGCAGAGGAGUGAGGGCGGGAGGAGAGGUACCCGCCUUCCUUUCUCCACCGGGAAAGCUGGGAGAAAACUUCCCUGCCGGAGGGACGGGGCACGCUGGGAAAAGCAGCCGGAAAGCGCCUGUUGCUCUCGGGGCGGCGAGGGGAGUCCUUUUCGCACAGGAGGAGGAGGGGGCGCCGCAGCCCCCGCGCGAGAUGCCCUCCCCUUUCUGCGCCCCACAAGCUUCCUCCCUCUCCUUUGUGCCCUCCUCUGCCCCCCCUCCCAAAAAGGUCCGCUGAACUGGGCCCUCUUCCCGCUCCCCCCCCGGGGCAGCAGGAGGGCAGAGGCUGCUGGAGAAAGGGCCCGGGUGGAGAGACCACCCCGAGGGCAAGAAUGACAAAGCGCCGGAGAGCAAUCCCAAAGCCGGGAGACUGCAAACCCUUCCUCUGGGGCAACAGCCUAGGGGCAAAUUCAGAAGGGCCGGGUCCCUUCAUGGGAGUUACAGCCACACACCCCCUUUUUUUGCUGCUGGGUUGAGAAUGAGAUCCUUGUUAAUGCCUUCAGAUGCCCCUAGGAGCCAAUAAUCAUGAAAGGGGGCAUGUUAGCUACUGAGAAGAGUCGUCUCAGUGGCUGACUCCCCUCCUUUGACUCUGACUGGCUCCAAUCAGCAGGAAAUGACAAGGAAACAUGUUAGAAGACUCUUCUCAGUGGCUAACACACUCCCCUUUCAUGCUGAUUGCCUCACAGGAUGCUGGAGACUUUGGGACCCUGCUCCCAAAAAAGUAAGGGAUGUAAACCCCCCCCACAAGUUCCUGCGCAGCUACUCCGCUGCUCUGGGGAGGCAACUCAGCAUUGACAUGGUCUGGCCUGUUUCUGUCAUCCUGGGGGACGCGGGGCAGGGCAGAGCCAGCGGGAACCCACACCCACACAGCUGCUCAGCCCCCCACGACCAUCAGAAGAGCCGGCUGCUGGGCCAGGCCAAAGGGGUCCCAUCAGAGUGCAGCAGCCUCUCCUCACAGUGCCUGGCCAGAUGCCCCAGUCUGGCACACCCCAAAGCAGGAGCCCAGUGCACCACCGCCCUCCCCAGCCACCCCCAACAGCGGAGGAGGAGCACAGACAUUGCGGUGUUUGGAUCGAUGCUGCUGAACGUCUGGCUCAGGGUUGCAGCUGAGAGCGUUGAGUGGCUAGGAGAACUUCUGUUCCUGGAGAGAGCCUGCUGGUGCCUUUCGGCCUCUGUGUGUGCGUUAUGUGCCUUCAAGUCGAUUUAGACUUAUGGCGACCCUGUGAAUCAGCAACCUACAAGAGCAUUUGUUAUAAGUCCAGGUCUGUGGCUUCCUUGAUGGAAUCAACCCAUCUCUUGUUUGACCUUCCUCUUUUUCUACUUCUGUUUUUCCCAGGAUUGUUCUCUUUUCUAGUAAAUCCUGUCUUCUCAAGAUG